CCCUCUGCUCCGUUUUUGUUCUGGAACCGGAGCGGAACAGAGAAGGGCGUGAGGCGGUGUUCGGUAUGGCGGGAGGCUCAAGCGGCGUCUCAUUUCUCGGGGUUCUGCUGCUCGCUGCGAUUCUGGUGCAGACCGUGGCCGUUACUGUCACCGUGCUAUACUUCACUAACGUCCUCAACACGAUGAAGGAGAUGUUUGCAAGGAGCAGUGUGUCGUGUCUGACACGGGCCGACCUCAGAGGGGGAUACAUACGCUCCUCCACCGAGGGGAGAGGAGACCCCUGCUGGCAGGUCACACAGCAACUACACAUCCUCAUAGAGAAGUCUUUGUCUCAGCGAUAUCAGAGGGAGAUCUCCUCAGGAGUUAGAGCUCUCUCUCUGUCAGAUGAGGUGUCCAGGGUGUUGCCCUCACUGGUGAUGGAGGACCGGGCUCCUUCUCGCCCCAAAGUCGCCGCCCACGUCACUGGCAGCUUGGCUCCCAAAGCAGAGAGGGAGGGAGGAGGUUCUCCGGGGCGGCGUGUGCAGGGGCAGAAGAUCUCGUGGUGGGAGGGGCAUAAAGGGCUGGCAUUCCUUCAGGAAGUCAGAUUGGUUGACGGGGAGCUGGUGGUACCUCGCCCAGGACUCUAUUAUAUCUAUGCCCAGACCUACUUCAGACACACCCACCCCGAGGGAGAGGAGGGGGAGGAAGAGGAGGAAGAGGAGAGGGAGCAGAGGGGGAGACCCAUGCUGCAGUAUGUCUAUAAGAAAGUUUCCUCCUACCCGGUACCCAUCCUGCUGAUGAAGACAAGCAGGACCUCCUGCUGGUCCCGGGACUCCCAGUUCUCUCUGCACUCCGCCCACCAGGGGGGGCUGUUCCCAUUGGCUGCCGGAGAUCACCUCCUCGUCACCGUUAGCAAUGCCUCCGCCAUCGACAUGGAUGAGAGGAGCAGCUUCUUCGGGGCUUUCCUGGUCAGCUAGAGGUCAGGGGUUCGUCUGUAUGGUGACUCAGAGGGCUGGAACCUGGGAUACACACUGUUUGGGAGCCAUGUAUGUAUACUGACAGACAAAUAAUUUGAGAGCUGUGUGUGUGUUGUACAAAGCUUUAAGCUCUGUGACUGUGCUGGACAUGUGAGCGGAGCUUGUGUGGUUAUCCAAUCAUCUUCCACCCUGGUGCCUAGGAUCCAGCCUUCGCUCAUGGCUCAUCCAAUGAGCUGUGUCCAAGGCCAGCAGGCCUGUGUUGAUUGGAUGAAAAGCAGCUGAGUGGCGUGAGGUAGGGGUUCAACGUCUGCUUUAUAACUUCAUUGGACAAAUGACCAAUAAUCAACCAAUGAAAAGUGAAGGGAUGAUUGUGAAUAAGUCUUAAUACUCUUUUCAUCCGUCCUAAAAGGAUGAGUCUCCUUCUCCUGUUUGUAUGAACUCAGAGAUGAUUUUAAUGUAAAUAUGAAUGUGGGGUGUUUUGGUGUUGUGGUUCUGUGUUAUAACUGUAUGGACAUUGAAUGUUGUUUGAUUGUAGCCUGUCAUAUUUUUAACACAACCCCAAGCUCUCACCUGAGUAACACUGCCUGCGACCACACAUUCAAUAUAGCACUUUUUCACUUUGUUUCACAGUAUAGAUGUUUCAGGCCAUGACCCAGGAAGCCUACUGUAGCCCAGACCCACUGUGGGAACCAGUUAGGACAUGGGUAAUACUCACUUUACUAAAAGAUUUACUGAUUCUCCCGACAGAUGAUGGACUGAUAUAUAUAUCCAUAGUUACAGACAAGCAGAGGUCUGGACAGGGUUGCCAGUUAACCCGCCUCACUGGAGGGGGGGGUUGAAUAAUUUUACCGUUCAUUUAUGACUCCUGUAGAUCCAGAUAUGUGUGUGGCCGUGGAAGCGACGUUACCAUGGAGACACUAAAUAGGUUGUUGAUGUUAAUCACUCGUGCUCGAGUCCAACUGCUCUCAUGUUCAUGUAGAAAACAUGUCUGUAAAUGUGCACAAUAAAGACACCAAAGAAACAAAUAUAGGUUACCAUUGCU